ACACACACACACACACACACACACACACACACACACACACGCACGCUUGUAUUUUGUGCUGUCGUAAAACCCACGUGUCCAGCCAGGAGGCUGCCAGAGCGCGGAGCCAAGGAGCCCGGACGCAGCGGCCGAGCGCAACAACCCACCGCGACUCUGCCCCACGCCCGGGUCCGCUCGCGCUCCCGCGCCCUCCGCGGGCUUCCGUAGCCCGUGCUUGCGGCCGGAUCUCAGGUCUCUCCUCCCGCGCUGCCAAGGGCAUGUAGCGCCUCCGGGGUGCACACUCUCUCGCACGGGUCCCGAGACACACGCGCCCACGCACCCGCCGCCGGCGGCUCCGAGUUUUCAGCGUGAGGCGUCGGACAUGCUGAAGCCCGGAGACCCCGGCGGCUCGGCCUUCCUCAAAGUGGACCCAGCCUAUCUGCAGCACUGGCAGCAACUCUUCCCGCACGGCGGCGGCGGGGGCCCGCUCAAGGGCGGCGGGGCCGCGGGGCCCCUGGGCGCGCCGCAGCCUCUCCAGCCGCCGCCGCCGCCGCCGCCCCCUGAGCGCGCGGAGCCUCCGCCCGACAGCCUGCGCCCGCGGCCCGCCUCGCUCUCCUCCGCUGCCUCCACCCCGGCUUCCUCCUCCACCUCGGCCUCCUCCGCCUCCUCCUGCGCCGCCGCCGCCGCCGCGCUGGCGGGUCUCUCGGCCCUGCCCGUGGCGCAGCUGCCCGUGUUCGCCCCCCUGGCCGCCGCCGUCGCCGCGGAGCCGCUGCCCCCCAAGGACCUGUGCCUGGGCGCCGCCUCGGGCCCGGGGCCCUCCAAGUGCGGCGGCGGCGGGGAUGGCCGGGGCGCCCCGCGCUUCCGCUGCAGCGCGGAGGAGCUGGACUAUUACCUGUACGGCCAGCAGCGCAUGGAGAUCAUCCCGCUCAACCAGCACACCAGCGACCCCAACAACCGUUGCGACAUGUGCGCGGACAACCGCCACGGAGAGUGCCCCAUGCACGGGCCGCUGCACUCGCUGCGCCGGCUGGUGAGCACGGGCAGCGCCACGGCUGCCGCGCCCCCGCCGGAGAUGCCCGAGUGGCUGCGGGACCUGCCGCGCGAGGUGUGCCUGUGCACCAGCACCGUGCCCGGCCUGGCCUACGGCAUCUGCGCGGCGCAGAGGAUCCAGCAGGGCACCUGGAUAGGGCCCUUCCAGGGCGUACUCCUGCCCCCAGAGAAGGUGCAGGCCGGCGCCGUGAGAAACACGCAGCAUCUCUGGGAGAUAUAUGACCAAGAUGGGACACUACAGCACUUUAUUGAUGGUGGGGAACCUAGUAAGUCGAGCUGGAUGAGGUAUAUCCGAUGUGCAAGGCACUGCGGAGAGCAGAAUCUAACAGUAGUUCAGUACAGGUCGAAUAUAUUCUACCGAGCCUGUAUAGAUAUCCCCAGGGGCACCGAGCUUCUGGUGUGGUACAAUGACAGCUAUACGUCUUUCUUUGGGAUCCCCUUACAAUGCAUUGCCCAGGAUGAAAACUUAAAUGUCCCCUCCACGGUCAUGGAAGCCAUGUGCCGACAAGAUGCCCUACAGCCCUUUGGCAAGAGCAGCAAACUCUCCCCCGCCGCCCAGCAGCGCUCUGUGGUGUUCCCACAGACGCCCUGCAGCAGGAACUUCUCUCUCCUGGAUAAAUCGGGGUCCAUUGAAUCCGGAUUCAACCAAAUCAACGCGAAAAACCAGCGCGUCCUGGCGAGCCCGACGUCUACAAGCCAGCUGCACUCAGAGUUCAGUGACUGGCAUCUUUGGAAGUGCGGGCAGUGCUUUAAGACGUUCACUCAGAGGAUCCUGUUACAGAUGCACGUGUGCACGCAGAACCCCGACAGACCUUACCAGUGCGGCCACUGCUCCCAGUCCUUUUCCCAGCCUUCAGAACUGAGGAACCACGUGGUCACUCACUCCAGUGACCGGCCUUUCAAGUGCGGCUACUGUGGCCGUGCCUUUGCUGGGGCCACCACCCUCAACAACCACAUCCGGACCCACACUGGAGAAAAGCCCUUCAAGUGCGAGAGGUGUGAGAGGAGCUUCACACAGGCCACCCAGCUGAGCCGGCACCAGCGGAUGCCCAAUGAGUGCAAGCCAAUCACCGAGAGCCCAGAAUCAAUCGAAGUGGAUUAACUGAUUGACUGGUUGGAAUUAAACUGCAAGGAAAGUCAUGAUUAAAUGUCACGGACACUUAAGCAAAACCAAAGAUUUCCUCGGAGCAACUUUCAAUCAGUCCCAGAAAACCAAAAGCAGUAAUAAAAUAAGUAAGAUGUUAAGAGAGAUCGAUCCUGGCGUGGAAGUCAGACCGGGGAAGAGAUUAUUUAUUUAUGACUAGGGAUGAGACUCAUUUCAGUGGACAACUAACCUGGGAUGGCCCACAGGUCCAGUCCCACCAUGUAUUUGCUUUGUUUCUAAAAAGCUUUUCUAAACUGUUAUUUAAUACCAAAGGGAGGAAUCGUAUGGGUUCUUCUGCCCACCGUUGUGACUAAGAAUGCACAGGGACUUGUUUCUCGUUGCACCUUUUUUUAGUAGCAUGAUCCAAGGGGACCCAUUGUACAGCCCUUCUUCCUGCAGUUUCGGUUUGGCCUGGCCCGGCGGGGCCCAUGGAAGCAGAAGCGAGAGCGUCUGCCCGGGCGGUCGGUGCCACCUUCAGCCCCACGGGCAUCCCAUUCUGUGUUUUCCCGCGCUCACGCCUCAUGCACUUGUCACGUGGUUCCUUCCAUCCAACAGCCUGGUCUUGAUGCAGAAGAGCCCGGACGUGGAAGAAAAUGGGGGACUUACUUUGUCCUGUUUCAAAAACAUGUAAAAUGUAAGGAGCUUCAUAAUACAGUAUAUUGUUCUGAAGCAGCUAGUGGAGAAAAUUUUGUUUUCAAUAACAUUUUAGCUUAAAGAAAACCCCACAAAAAUAAAAGUUCUUCGGUAUGAGGCUGAAUAUAA